AUGUACAUCUCAUUCGAGCGUAAGGAGCGCCAGCGUGCGCAGCAAGGGAGUCCAAGUUACCGGGUUCCCACACAGAGGACACUGGCUGCUCAGUCAUUUACACUCACGGAAUUUAGAGAGAAGAGCGAAAGACUAAGUUAUACAGGGCAGCAAGAUUGGUCUGCACCAGCGUUAUGGCAGUACGUGAAAGAAGAUCGUUAUGGCAAUACGUGGAAGCGAGCACGUGAACAGAAAAGUCAGUAUAGACCAACGCAGAAGUGA